AUGGCGGGGGCGAUCGCCGGCGCAGUGGCGGCUACGCUCCUGCUGCUGCUGCCUGCCAUGGUACCGGCCGGGGCCGCCGCGGAGGAGGGGCGGCGGCUGCACACGCUCUUCUCGGUGGAGUGCGGCGACUACUUCGACUGGCAGGCGGUGGGGCUCCUCCACAGCCUGCGCAAGGCGGGCCAUCCCGGCGGCGUCACCCGCCUCCUCAGCUGCGCCCCCGACCAGCUCCCCUCCUACCGCGGCCUCCGCAUCGGCCACACUCUCCAGGUCCCCUCCUACAGCCGCCACCCCCGCACCGGCGACUGGUACCCAGCCAUCAAUAAGCCUGCAGGGGUGGUACAUUGGUUGGAGCAUAGUCCCGAGGCCAAUAAUGUUGAUUGGGUCGUCAUCUUGGAUGCAGACCAGAUUGUUAGAGGUCCUAUUAUUCCUUGGGAACUCGGAGCAGAAAAAGGCAAGCCUGUUGCAGCUUAUUAUGGGUAUUUGAAGGGUUGUGAUAACAUCCUUGCGCAGUUGCACACUGCACAUCCAGAAUUUUGUGACAAAGUUGGCGGAAUUCUGGUCAUGCAUAUCGAUGACUUAAGGGCUCUAGCCCCUCUCUGGCUUUCAAAGACUGAAGAAGUGAGGCAGGAUAAGUCCCACUGGUCAACUAAUAUUACUGGUGAUAUAUAUGGCAUGGGUUGGAUCAGUGAGAUGUAUGGGUACUCAUUUGGUGCUGCAGAAGUAGGUCUACGUCACAAGAUAAAUGAUGAUAUAAUGAUCUACCCAGGUUAUACUCCAAGAAUUGGCACUGAGCCACUUAUCCUGCAUUAUGGUUUGCCAUUUAAAGUUGGAAACUGGUCUUUCAGUAAGUUAGAACACCAUGAGGAUGGUAUAGUUUAUGACUGCAACCGCUUAUUUCCUCCACCUCCAUUCCCUAGAGAGGUUGAGAUGAUGGAACCUGAUCAAAAUGUGAAGCAUGGCUUAUAUCUAAGCAUUGAGUGCAUUAACACAUUGAAUGAAGGUCUUCUGUUGCAUCAUGCAUCUGCUGGGUGCCCGAAACCACAGUGGUCAAAAUACUUGAGCUUCCUUAAAAGCAAAAGGUUCUCAGAGCUUACAAAACCAAAGUACUGGAACAGUCUAAAGGCUGAAAACAAAGUGACUGUGCAACAUGUUGCAUUGUCCGAAAGCAAGCAUCCAAAAAUACACACCCUUUUCUCUACCGAAUGUUCGACGUAUUUUGACUGGCAAACUGUUGGCUUCAUGCACAGCUUUCGUUUAAGCGGACAGCCUGGUAACGUUACACGCUUAUUGAGUUGUACAGAUGAGGAAUUGAAGAAUUAUAAGGGCCAUGACCUGGCUCCCACACAUUAUGUUCCAUCUAUGAACAGACACCCAUUGACAGGGGACUGGUACCCUGCAAUCAAUAAACCAGCAGCAGUUCUCCAUUGGAUUAACCAUGUGCAGACUGAUGCUGAGUUCAUUGUUAUCUUGGAUGCUGAUAUGAUCAUGCGAGGUCCCCUCACUCCAUGGGAGUAUGGUGCAAAACUUGGCCAUCCUGUUUCAACUCCUUACGAAUAUCUCAUUGGCUGCGAUAAUAUACUUGCAAAGAUACACACUCGCAAUCCAUCUGCCUGUGACAAGGUUGGUGGUGUCAUUAUCAUGCAUAUUGAGGAUCUCCGACGUUUUGCUAUGCUGUGGCUGCACAAAUCAGAAGAGGUCCGUGCAGACAAAGCUCACUACGCAACAAACAUUACUGGUGACAUAUAUGCAUCUGGCUGGAUAAGUGAGAUGUACGGUUACUCUUUUGCAGCAGCCGAGCUUAACCUGCGGCACAUCAUAAGGAGUGACAUAUUGAUAUAUCCAGGCUAUGUUCCUCUAUCUGGAGCAAAAUACAAGGUUUUCCAUUAUGGGCUGAGAUUUGGCGUUGGUGAUUGGAGCUUUGACAAGGCCAACUGGAGAAGUGUUGAUAUGGUAAACAGAUGCUGGGCCAAGUUCCCUGAACCGCCUGACCCAUCCGCUAUCACGAAAGACGGUCAAAAUGCAAAUGCUCUGGAGAGAGAUCUUCUGAGUAUUGAAUGUGGGAGGGCUUUGAACAAAGCCCUAUACUUGCACCACAAACGCCGAAAUUGCACUCGGCGGAGCAGGAGGACCACCAUAGGCAACAUCUCAAAGAAAAUCGAGAAAGUCUCGACCUCCAAUAUGGAUGUGAAGAGGCAUCAGAUCGUUAAAAGAGCUGCAGACACUAUACCACAUGUACAUAGAUCAAGGAGAUUAGCCAGAUCAUCAAAGAUGUGGAUUAUUGCUGUCUGGGCAGUAUCGGUGGUCGUUUUCUUGGUGGUAAUCUCAAUGUUUUUCGGGGAUAAAAGGAGAACUGUUUCGAGAUCCCGGUCUUCUAGAAGCCAGAAGGCCCAUGUUUGACUAUAGAAAUAACAAUAUGAUCAUAAGUUUAUUCCUGUGCCAUACAACACAUAAAAGGGGGUACAGUAGCAGGACCCUAGAGACUAACAACAGCUAGUUGAGCUAUCAGAAGAAGUCGGGGGUGAUUGAGUAUUUUGUUCCUGUUUUUACAAGUCUCUUUGAGUAGCCAGUAGCAGAUUUGUUGCUACUGCGGCUACGCUGUUGUAUUUAGUUUUUUAAGUGUUCUUUUUAGCAUGGUGUAAUUGUUUUCUCAUUGUGUAGAAAGAUGUAUGUGAUUAACUAGCAUACCAAUACAGUAAGCGAUUUUUGUUUCUAACU